AGUUGUAGUCCCAAAAUUUCUGGAGGACUGAGUUUGCCUAUGCCUGGACUAGAGGCAUGUGUGCAUCUGGAGCACUGCAGGAGUUGCUGUAAGUGCUUCUUUUGUAAAUACUUAACAAUCAGACACAUGCUUUCCUUAGCCGGGGUGGGCCAGGGCAUUGACAUACAGUGGUACCUCUGGUUAAGAACUUAAUUCGUUCCGGAUGUUGUUUGUCUCUAUACUAGGAUAUUAUUUCAUGGUAGCUUUAAAAAACUCAUAUUUUUUCUGCUAUAGACAUGAUGUACGUGGGAGCAGUUUAGACUGAAAAACAAAUCUGCGCAUCUCAAUGACAUCAUAUAAGACAGUUGGUAAAGGAGUUAGCUGUCAAAACAGGUAGGGAUAGUAAACAAAUCUCUUUUUUGAGGAAAGGACAAAGGUUUAAUAUUGGGUAUGGUUAAAAUGUAGAAUAAAAGUUGGUUGGCUAUAUUUAUAAAGUUAAUAAUAUCUAACUUUGCUCCUGUGUAAGAAAUAAUGGAUCAGAUAUGAAAAGAGGAGUUGUGGGAAACAAUUCUUGUUAAAUAUUUUCUUUCACGGCCUUGAGGAACAUAUGGCCUAGUUUUUAAGCAUUCCAGGUUCAAAGUAGAACUGCUGUUUGCCAAUAGAUAGAGUGGUUUGGUGAUGGGUGAUAGCAUUUCCCCCCUGGAUAUCCAAAUGAAUUGAUCCGGACUAAAUUGCUCUGAAACAACUGUUAGAUGGCUUGGGGCCAGGAAUCCUGCUCCUUUCUGCAGUGAAGAAGUUGUUUUUACACAAUAAAAUACUUGUGAUAAAAGCUUAUCUGAAUAAAGCUUGUGAUUGUUGGGAAACCUCAUCUGGUAAGGUUUUUUGUCUUGAAAUUUUGAAUUUGAGUGAAGACUAAGAGUAAUCUCCUAAUUUCUGUGCUACCUUUUAUUCCUCAUUUAAUUCCGGGAACUCCAUAUUUGAAGAAAUAUCUGACAGUGAGUUCAGUUGUGUCUACACAACUGGACAUCUGUGUUGGGUAUUGAGGUCACUUUGUGAUGGAUACAACAUUUGGUGUUGGCAUCUGUCUGUCUCUGGAGACAAUAGAUGAGUAUGCCUUUGCAGGUGAAGUCAAACUGUUGGAAGGUUACAACGCCUGCUGUGGCUGUAGAGACCACAGAGAUACAUGUUUAGUUGCAGCUGGGGCAGAUGCACCAUGACAUUUCUUCCUCUCUGUGCUUCUCCCAGCAGUCAUUCCUCCUCUGGUCACUGCUAUGGACUGCAUGACCUGACUGGCUGUCUCCAGGCACCGCAGUUGUCUUCAAGAGAUUCCCACAUGGUGGGGUUGGCGUUGCCAGCCUUCAUGCCACGAUUGCAGCACACAUCUGUCGACGGAUAUACUGAGCCCCAUGUCCAGCCCACAAAAUCAAGUAGCAGACAAAACAUACCCCGUUGCAGAAACUCAAUCACGUCUACAAAUGAAGACCAUCCUCACAUUGGGAAUUACCGCUUACUAAAAACAAUAGGAAAAGGAAAUUUUGCUAAAGUGAAACUGGCUAGACAUGUUCUUACUGGUAGAGAGGUUGCUGUGAAAAUAAUAGACAAAACCCAACUAAAUCCUACCAGCCUACAAAAGUUGUUCCGAGAAGUACGAAUAAUGAAGAUUUUGAACCAUCCUAACAUUGUUAAAUUAUUUGAAGUUAUUGAAACAGAGAAAACAUUAUACUUAAUUAUGGAAUAUGCCAGUGGAGGAGAAGUGUUUGACUACUUGGUGGCACAUGGAAGAAUGAAAGAGAAAGAGGCACGUGCAAAAUUUAGACAGAUUGUGUCUGCUGUGCAGUACUGUCAUCAAAAGUGCAUCGUUCAUCGUGAUCUCAAGGCCGAAAACCUUCUUCUUGAUGGAGAUAUGAACAUUAAAAUUGCAGAUUUUGGUUUUAGCAAUGAAUUUACUAUAGGCAACAAACUGGACACUUUUUGUGGAAGCCCCCCAUAUGCUGCCCCUGAACUUUUCCAAGGAAAGAAAUAUGAUGGGCCGGAAGUGGAUGUCUGGAGUCUCGGAGUCAUUCUUUACACUCUAGUCAGUGGAUCGUUACCAUUUGAUGGUCAGAAUUUAAAGGAACUGAGAGAACGGGUAUUACGGGGGAAAUACCGGAUACCAUUCUAUAUGUCCACAGACUGUGAAAAUCUAUUGAAAAAACUACUCGUAUUGAAUCCAAUCAAGAGAGGGAGCUUGGAGCAAAUAAUGAAGGACCGAUGGAUGAAUGUUGGUCAUGAAGAGGAAGAAUUAAAGCCAUACACUGAGCCUGAACCAGAUUUUAAUGACACCAAAAGAAUAGAUAUAAUGGUCACUAUGGGUUUUGCAAGAGAUGAAAUUCACGACGCUUUAGUAAACCAAAAAUAUGAUGAAGUCAUGGCUACUUAUCUGCUCCUAGGCAGAAAACCACCUGAGUUUGAGGGGAGCGAAUCCCUGUCUAGCAGUAACCUGAGUCAAAGAUCUCGACCCAGCAGUGACCUCAACAACAGUACUAUGCAAUCUCCUGCUCACCUGAAGGUCCAGCGGAGCAUAUCAGCCAAUCAGAAGCAACGUCGGUUCAGUGAACAUGGUGGGAAUGGCAUUCAACCAAUUGGCCCAUCGAUUCCUCCCGCUGUCUCGUACUCAAAAAGAGCUCAGGCAAACAGUGUGGAGAGUGAACACAAAGAGGAAUGGGACAAAGAUGUGUCACGUAAAGUGAGCAGCACUACAGUGGGGUCCAAAGGCGAAAUGGCCGCAAGUCCAUUGGUGGGGCCUGAAAGGAAAAAAUCGACUACUAUUCCAAGUAAUAAUGUGUUUUCUGGGACUGGCAUGACACGAAGAAAUACCUAUGUCUGUGAACGCUCUACAGAUCGCUAUUCUGCCAUUCAGAAUGGGAAAGACAACAGCCUAACAGAAAUGUCUGCAAGCAGUACCUCCUCUACUGGCUCCGCUGCCACUUCGGCAAUAUCAGCACGACCUCGACACCAGAAGUCCAUGUCUGCCUCUGGCCACCCUAUAAAAGUUACACUCCCAACUAUCAAAGAUGGCGCUGAAGCUUAUCGACCAAGCAGCGCAACUCAAAGAGCACCUGCUGCUUCCCCAUCUGCUCACAGUAUUAGUACUAGCACUCCAGACCGAACCCGUUUUCCUCGAGGGAGUUCGAGCCGAAGCACUUUCCAUGGUGAGCAGCUACGGGAGCGGCGCAAUGCUACGUACAACGGGCCACCUGCAUCACCAUCACAUGAAACAGGCACAUUUGCUCAAACUAGAAGAGGGACGUCAACUGGCAUUAUAAGCAAAAUAACUUCCAAAUUUGUCCGCAGGGAUCCAAGUGAAGGCGAAGCCAGUGGCAGAACUGACACCUCAAGGAGCACUUCUGGGGAACCAAAAGACAGAGAAAAAGAAGAUGGUAAAGAUUCUAAGCCACGGUCUUUGAGGUUCACGUGGAGCAUGAAGACCACAAGCUCCAUGGACCCAAAUGAUAUGAUGAGAGAGAUUCGAAAAGUGUUAGAUGCUAACAAUUGUGACUAUGAACAAAAAGAGAGGUUCCUGCUCUUCUGUGUCCAUGGCGAUGCACGACAAGACAGCCUCGUCCAGUGGGAGAUGGAAGUUUGUAAAUUGCCACGCCUGUCACUCAAUGGAGUCCGCUUCAAGCGAAUAUCCGGGACUUCUAUUGCCUUUAAAAACAUUGCAUCCAAAAUAGCGAAUGAGCUUAAGCUGUAAAGAGCAACAACGUUUCCGGGAUCAGGGAAGAGUCUAGCUUACAUUCUGAAUGUACUGGUUAUGCCUAACAUGAUUGGCUUGUGAAACUCCCCAUGUAGAAAUUGCCCCAUUGCAAUAAGGUUAUACAUAGUUAUUCUGAAUUGUAAAAUUAAAUUCAGUAUGACCCAUAUUAAAAGGAAAAAAAACUGUAGCUGAAGAAGUUAUGUUCACAUGUACAGGUAAGUAUAUAGAUCAUUUUGCUCAUUUUAUGUUCAUAGAGUUGUAUAAUAAAAAAAGAAGGCUUAAAUGCAGAUCUUGUAUAGUUGUCUAGAUAUCAGCACAGAAGUGUGUUUGCUUUGAGUUAAAAAGUUCUUCCUGGUCAUUAUUUACAUUUUUUGUGGUUUUUAUAAUUCUUACCUCUUACCAUGCGUUUUUAAAAAACUACGUCCAUAGUAGAAAUGCACAAAAAAAAUGUUUUCACAACUGUAGCAUGAACAAUUUUAGUUACUUUAAAACAAAUCACAUAUAAAAAUUGAAUUAGUCAAGGACAGAUUGACAUUUGUUCUAUACAAGAUUUUUCCUGCUUCCCUUUCACUCUUAGCCUCCUUUAUAGAACAGUGUUUAUUUGGCAGAAUAAAAAAAAUAAAAAUGCAACCAUGUUUACAGUGUUGGCACUUACAGUGAAGAAAAGGGGGUUCUGAGUAUGUUGGCCUCUGGCCCCUUGAAACAUGUUGGGGAACAGAAAUCAUGUCUUGAUAAUAUUUUGGGGGAAGAUUGAAAUAUUGCUCUUGUGACAUAUGGUCAAGUGUAGCAACAGAACAGAAGUACAGUUCAUAUUCAUUCAUCAUGGAGUGAAAUACUAUUGUUCUCGGCCUUCACAAAUCCCACUUUAUGAAAAUACAUUGUUUCGUAGCACAAGGUAUUCUGAAAUGUUGCCCAAUCGUAAGAGCUAAUAAAUGACACCUCAGGAAUUAACUGGUUUUUUUAAUAUUCCCCACCCCACGCUCCAGUAUGUGCAGUUUCAUAUACUUUACAGCUGAGCAAACAUUGUUUAUAACAAUAGAUUAUUACUUACAUGAUUGUACAAAUUUUGUUCUCAUAUAUCUUGUUUGUGUUUCUAAUAUUUUGCCCACUUUCUUGUAUUUAUUCCACAUCAUUAUGCCUGUAAUGUGCAGCUGUGAGUAGGCAUUUGCCUACGGAAGUAAAGAAAACUCCUUCAUAAUUGGUGAUAGAUAAACUAUGUAAAACCACUAGUACUUGGUACAUUUUAAUAUUUCUUAUUUUGUACUGAAUUAAUCAUAGCGGUUGGUUGUGCAAUGUUAUUUAAUGUCGUAAUUACUGUAAUUUCAAUAUACGGGCCCCAUCCUCACACCCCUGUAAAAAUUAGAGAAGUCAUUCAAAAUUGUCACUUUAUUUAAAAAACGAAAAUGAAAAAAAGAAGCUGUGGUAAACUCUGUAACCCGAAGUUAGAAGGCUGUAAGUGUAGCUAAAUGUGCCAUUUGAGAAUGGAUUUCUGACAGAUGGACUUGACAUGCUGUACUGUACUGUGAUGUAGCUCUCCUGUAACAGUUCUGUUCUGAAAUGAACGUGUAUUGUUGCCUUAGAAGAAGAAAAAAAGGAUGGUGUUUUGGCAAGAAAGAACUGUAGCCCUUUUUAUCUGGUGUUCCUUUUUAAAAAAAAUAAUAAUUUUUUUGAUGCAAGUCAUCCUAAUUCACAUUCACUGGUGCACUCUAUUAAAAACUUACUUGAACGGUCUCAUACUACCCUCCCUUGUCUUUUGCUCUUUGUUGCUAACUGUGCCAGUUGGAUAGUUUGCGGCUCCAGUGAGGAAGGGUUGCAAGAUGGUGAGUUGGUGGUUGCAGGUUUAUGAAAGCUUUUAGAUUUGUGUGUUUCUUUUAUUUCUGAAUAGUUUCUUAAAACCAACCCAAGUGCCUCCCCUCCCCAACCUUGGCCUUGUUUCUUUUUUUUGAGGGGCAUGGUUCAGUUUUAGAGGACCCCCGUUCCUUGCGUGAAUUCAUUCCAGAUAUGAACUUGGGACCGUUUUUUGUUGUUGAGAUUUACCUUAGUAUGCCCAAUUCCUAAGGUUAUGAAACUUAAGAAUGUAAACAUUUUAAUCAUCUAAAAAUCAAGUAAAAUUGAUGAAUUCACAAGACGCUAAACAAAUUAUCUUGAUCACUCACAAGCAGUUUAGCCACACUAUUUAAUGUCAGCCUUGCCAAAGAAUUUUUAUUAUGUGCAUCUUCUGCCUUCCUCCAAAGGGUUUAGGGUAGCAUACAUGAUUCCAUUUUAUCAGCACAAUGACUGUGAAAUAGGCCAGCCUAAGAUAAGGGUCUAGAGCAGGGAAUGUGAAGCAUUUUAAGCUUGAGGGUCACAUUCCCUCCUGGGCAACCAUUUGGGGGCCGCAUGGCAGUGGUGGGUGAAAAUAGAGGCAACAGUGGGCAGAGUAACAAAUGUUACUGUAGGCUAGGUUCUACACAUACUCAUGCACCCCUCUCUAUCCAUUCUAGGCAAACAAGAAGCAUCAUCCCAAAGUUCAAGGGCACAUUCCAGACUAGCAAAAAACACUUGAGGUACCAAGUAGGGCAGUUGAGUGUGGCUGUGGAGUGUCAGGAGGGUCACAUAGGCCUAAGGUUCCCCAUCCCUGAACUAAGAGCACCCUGUGCCUUAGAAGGUCUUUGCCAUAAAUGGUUGAGAAUUUCCCACUAAAAGUUUUUUAUUCAGUGCAAUUUACAUUUUCAGUUUUCCUCUGAAGUAACAAGAAUUGUAAGCAUACUUUGCAUUUACAUAAAAGCUUACACAUGAAAGUUGCUUCAUAAGCAAGCUGUGGUCAUUCCUGGAUGGUGAUAGCUUGACCACAAUCACCCAUGCAAAUGUGAGCUCAUGGUUGGAUUACUGCAGCGUGAGGGCUACCUUUGGGCUUGGUCCAGUGGCUGCACCUGGUGUGUGGCUAACAAUCUGCUACUGGGCCAAGUCCAAGGUGUUUGUGCUAAAGUAUAAGUUAAUUAGCUACUUGAGAAACCGCCUUAGCCCUUAUAUACCCUGUAGAUCAUUGCAGUUUGUGGAAGAUUUUCUCCGAAUUCCGGUGAUCUCAGAAGCCUGCUCCACAGUACAGUAACUUGGAAAAAGACUUUCAUUGUCGCUUCCCCGUUCUGUGGAAUAGUGUUCCUGUCAAGAUAUGACAGGUACCCACUUUCUGUGCUUUCCAGGGACUAAAUGAAGAUAUUUUUUCUUCUGAUGGGCUCUUCUAGCUGGAUAAUUGGGUCUUUGCUACAAGUGCAUAUUCUGUAGUGUUUUGUUUUAAAUGUAUCAGCUGCUUUUUUGUGUGUUUGUAACUUUUCUUUGCUGGUUUUUUUUUGCCGUGAGAUGAUUUUGUAGAAGGUGAUUAGUAAAUUGUGAUUAAUAAGAAUAUAAAGAUGGUAGCAAGUAAAUAUUUAUUUGCAACCAUCAGGGCACAUGGCGUUUUGCAGAGUAGAAGACAGGCCUUUGCCCAGACAAACCUACAAACCUGAAAUUUUGACACAGGGAAAACAGAGAGGAGGGAUAAAUGAAGAAUACGUGAUGGUUUCAUUUUAACAUGUGUUUAGGCUGAGUUGGGGAAGGGCCAUAGCUC